GUCUUACCUCAUUCAAAAGGCUUCAUUUUAAGAUGAGGUUGAAAUUAACACAUCUCGGGCGUAUAGUAGGAAUAACAGUUUCCUUAGCCUCCUGUCUUACUUUAAUUAAGACAGUUGAGGCUGUAAAAAAAGAAGAUUUUAAGACAUGCUCCCAAUCCGGAUUCUGUCGCCGUAACAGAGCAUAUGCAGACGACGCGCUUGCUCAACCUUCCUUCAAGUCACCAUAUAUUAUUCUCAAGGAUUCUGUAAAACUCGGAGAUAGCAAAGUCUAUGCAGAGGUUAAGAACACCGAAACGGAUGUCCUAUUGACACUAGAUCUAUUUAUCCUGCAAGACAACACAGCGCGUAUACGCAUCAAUGAAAAGAAUCCGAUUAAGCCGCGCUACGAUGACCAUGCCCAAUUCACAAUUGCCAACCAACUUAUUGAUUCUUCUGUACAUAAAACGUCUAGAGCAAAGGACGGCGUAAUUACCAUUCUGCUUGACAAUACCAAUAAACGCAAGGUGAUCAUCACCUCUGAACCUUUGCGUAUUGAAUUUAUUGUGGAUGAAAAGCCUAUCGUAUCUCUCAACGACCGAGGAUUCUUUAAUUUUGAGCACCUUCGAACAAAAGAAAGCCACAAGCCUAAGAUGGUAGAGAAAACUAAUGAUGAAGGUGCUAUUGAAUUAGUGGAGGCUGAAUCAGAAAAAGAUCUUUGGGAAGAGAGUUUCAAGACUUGGACCGAUCCAAAGCCAAAUGGUCCUGAGUCAUUUGGUCUUGAUGUGUCAUUCCAUGGAUUCUCUCAUGUAUAUGGUAUUCCAGAACAUUCCUCUAGCCUUUCUCUCAAGGAAACGAAAGGUGGUGAAGGUUCUUAUGAUGAGCCUUAUCGUCUUUACAAUACCGAUGUAUUUGAAUAUGCCGCCGAUACUCCAAUGUCUCUUUAUGGAGCUGUUCCUUUCAUGGUAGCUCAUCAGAAAGAUAUGUCUGCAGGUGUUUUCUUUAUGAAUCCCGCUGAGACCUGGAUCGACAUUGUCAAAACCAAACCCGAGCAAAAAAAUACUGCUCAAAAGGCUUUUAGUUUCGGAAAAAAGGUCGAAGAUACAAAAUCAACUCAAACGCACUGGAUGACAGAGGCCGGUGUACUUGAUCUGUUUGUAUUUCUUGGUCCUUCUACUAAAGAUAUUCUUCGUCAAUAUCACGCUAUCACUGGUACGCCUAGUAUGCCGCAAAUGUUUGCUAUUGGAUACCACCAGUCUCGCUGGAAUUAUAUCAACCAGAGAGAUGUAUUGGAGGUCGAUAGUCAAUUCGAUAAGCAUGAUAUCCCGUAUGAUGUGAUCUGGUUAGAUAUUGAAUAUACUGAUGAGAAGAAGUACUUUACUUGGGACAUCCCGAAAUUCCCUGAUGCGAUCAAGAUGGAAGAAGAGCUUGAACACAAGGGCCGAAAGUUAGUUACAAUCAUCGAUCCCCACAUUAAGCGUGACGAUAAUUAUCACAUCUGUCAAACAGCAAAAGACAACGGCUACUUCGUUCAACAGCCUUCGGGUGGUGACUACGAGGCUUGGUGCUGGCCCGGACAAUCUUCAUGGGUCGACUUUUCGAGCCCUGCUGCUCGUGAAUGGUGGAAAAGCGAAUUUGGCUUUGAUAAGUUCAAAGGAACUCGUGAAAAUGUUCACAUUUGGAAUGAUAUGAAUGAGCCUUCUGUAUUUAAUGGACCUGAGAUUACUAUGCAAAAGGAAAUGAUUCAUUACGGAAAAUGGGAGCACCGUGUACUCCACAACCUGUAUUCUGUGCUUACUCAUUAUUCCACUGCUGAAGGUAUUAAGGAAAGAACCAAGGUUGCACAACGACCAUUUGUCCUUUCUCGUGGAUUCUACGCUGGUACUCAGCGUUAUGGACCUAUCUGGACUGGCGACAAUAUGGUAGACUGGGAAUCUCUUUACUACACAAAUCCUAUGAUUUUGUCCAACAGUAUUGCAGGAAUUUCCUUUUCGGGUGCUGAUGUACCAGGAUUCUUUGGCAAUCCUUCACCUGAAUUGCUUGUUCGUUGGUAUCAGGCAGCAGUAUUCCAGCCUUUCUUCCGUGGACACGCUCACAUCGACACAAAGCGUCGUGAACCUUAUCUUUUGGAUGAGCCAUAUCGCUCUAUUACUCGCGCUUCUCUGCGUGAGCGUUAUGCUUUACUGCCGUACUGGUACACAUUGUUUUUUGAGGCCCACAAGACUGGUGUACCAAUGAUGCGACCUAUGUUCAUGGAAUUCCCAGAGGACGAAGCGCUAUUUACCACCGAAGAUCAGUUUAUGCUAGGUAGUGGCAUGCUGGUAAAGCCUGUUACAUCUGAGGGAACCUUUGCUGCCGAGAUCUAUUUCCCUGGUGAUCAGCCAUGGUAUGAUACCCAAACAUUUGAAAAGAUUCAGCAUAAUGGGUACAAAACUGUAGAAGCUCCUAUUGAAAAAGUUCCUGCAUACUACCGAGGUGGUCAUAUCAUUCCUAGACGUGAGCGUGCUCGCCGUAGCACAUCUGGAAUGAAGCUUGAUCCAUUUACUCUUGUUAUCGCUCUUGACAACAAGGGCCAGGCGCACGGUGAGCUGUAUCUUGAUGAUGGAGAAACCUAUGACUUUGAGUCUGGUGCAUAUGUCCGUACACAGUUUAUUUACAAUAACGGUGUAUUGACUAGCAAGAACCUCCAUGAGGAUCCAUCUAGCGAUGCGGCCACAAAAUAUGCUGCCUCCAUUAAAGAUGUGCGCAUUGAACGUAUUCGCUUGCUUGGUGUAGAACAGCCCGAACACAUCCAUGUUGUCCACCCAGACGCUACACGUACUCCGGUAUCUUUUGAAUAUAGUGUCGCCACUGGAUAUCUCACCAUUAAGGAUCCAAAGACUCUUGUUUCUCAAGGCGGAUGGAGAAUUGAAAUUCAAUAACGAAUUCUUUUGACCAAAUUAAUAUAUUGUGAUUUGACUCUCGAUCCACCUUGGCUGACUUGGUCCUUCGACGAUUUCCAAACAUACUUUUUAUAUAAAUGUCAUAUAUAAGUUUUUUUUUGGUAUAGUUUAUUGGGAGCAAAGAGAUAUGGUAUAUACAUAAGUAACUCGAGUGCCCUG